UUUUUGGCAAUAUAUCCUAUAUCGAAGCUGCCUUUCGUGGCGAAACUAGCAAUGGCAGCUCAGCUCUCUGGUAUCUGGCUCAACACCCCAGCAGUCACACUUGCAGGAAACUUACUCCACUGCCGCCGCUCGCCGUCCGCCACUCUCUCUGCCGUCCAUACUUCCACCUCUUCCCCCACCAUCCAGAUUGUUGGUGGGAAAAAUUUGGGAUGGAAUGGACUGCAGAGCUCAAAACUCGGUAGCACUUUGGAUAUUGACAUUGAAGAAUUUGAUUGGAUAGAAUUAGACGCUGAUCUUUAUCAUUGGACAAAAGCAUUACGUCCGGUUCAGUGGUAUCCUGGUCACAUUGCAAAAACUGAAAAGGAACUCAAGGACCAGCUGAAAUUGAUGGACGUUGUGAUAGAAGUUCGAGAUGCUAGGAUACCAAUGUCCACUAGCCAUCCACAGAUGGAUUCAUGGUUGGGAAAUAGGAAGAGGAUUAUUGUUUUGAAUCGAGAAGACAUGAUAUCUACAGCUGACCGAAAUGCUUGGGCUAGUUACUAUGCCAGGCAGGGGACAAAGGUGGUUUUCUCAAAUGGACAGCUCGGAAUGGGUACAAUGAAGCUAAAUAGGUUAGCGAAGGCAUUGGCUGGUGGUGUAAAUAUCAAGCGCAAAGCCAAGGGGCUACUUCCUCGUCCUAAGACCGGCCAGGGCAAUCAUUAUGUCCUGCAAUUAGUAGAUAUGCUACAGUAUACCGUCCUUUACCUUCUCUCUAUUUGUUUCGAAGAAAAUCUUGUUCCUGUGAAUCAAUCCAAUAGUUUAGAUUCAGUUAGAAGAAGAGGUAAGGUUCGUGCUGGAAUAAUCGGCUAUCCCAAUGUUGGUAAAUCAUCUCUCAUAAACCGAUUGCUUAAGCGUCGGAUGUGUCCUGCAGCUCCAAGACCAGGUGUUACAAGAGAGCUAAAGUGGGUUCGCUUUGGGAAAGACUUGGAAUUGCUGGAUUCUCCUGGAAUAAUUCCAAUGAGGAUCAAUGAUCAGUCAGCUGCUAUAAAACUUGCCAUAUGUGAUGACAUUGGGGAGCGAUCUUAUGAUGUUACUGAAGUUGCAGCAAUUCUUGUGCAGAUGUUGGCACGGCUUCCAGCAGUAGGUAAUAUAGCUCUUCGUGACCGCUACAAGAUUGAGACAGAUGGUCGGGUUGGUAGAAUUUUCAUUCAGAAGCUUGCUCUUCAGUUGUUCAACGGGGACACUCAUCAAGCAGCAUUUCGUGUCUUGUCAGAUUUCCGUAAAGGAAAAUUUGGUUGGGUAGCCCUUGAGAGGCCUCCAAGGUAGACCAAUACAUACAUAGGACGUGAUCAUCAAAAUCUGCAUGCAUUUUAUCCAUUUGAUCUCCAUUGGAGCUACUGAUCAAUGAAUCUGUGGAGGCAAAGCUUAUGUAUAUGAACUUACGGUGCCACAUAUUCUGAGGAGACGGACAGUCUGUAUCUUUUACCAGGUCCUAUCUCGGAGAUGGACAACUUGCACUACUGCUGUGGCUGCAUUGAGGUUAUUGAAGUUUCUGUAUAUAAUAUUUAGAAAGAGUUUUUACACUUCAGUUGUGUAAACUGAACAUUUUUUAUACACUAAUGCAAUCUUUUUGAACUUGAUGACACUAUAUAA